AUGAAGAACCGCCGCCUCUCGCGCUCUCACUUCAUGUCCUUGCUGCAUUUGGAGCCACAAGACUCUGAAUCGUCGACCAAGCCCGUCGUCGAUAGUGCUGUCAAAACGAGCGGUCUACCAGACAGCAGCAGCAGAACCUCUUCGCCCAACUCUGAAUCACCUGCAAAACCAAGCCAGCGAAAGCUCUUCGCGUAUGAUCACACUCGACCCGAAAUCCCCGAGACCAAUACCAACGAGCAAGCUAUCCAGAUCCAGCUCUUCAAGUUACUCCGCUCCUCAAAACUUUUCACCGGCAAGAAGAAGCUAUUCAUCCGUAUUUACAGCUUCGCAAAGUGCGUGUGCGACGGCAUCUGGCCGAAAAGCGAAUCAAACCUGACGCUUAGGUGGGGAGCGAUGAAGCGAGCCGAGAAUCGAGGAGCCAGCCUCAAAAUUAAGCUUCGCCUGCCGCCCGGCACGAUCGAGCAGCUCAAGAAACAGCAAUAUGCCGCUGCUAACGAUGCAACCAACACGGCACUCAGCGUGAGCAUGGAUCCAGAUUUGCUAAUAGAUGCUGCUAGCAGCGACGACGACGCUUCCAGCAUUGACAACUUCAACACAGAGCAGGUCAGCUGUGCCGCUGUCCCCGAUCACGAAGCUAGGCCUGCAUCCAGUGAAACCAGCCUCGAAAGUUCCCUCACAGGUGGCAGCAGUACACGUGAGCCAGCGUCAGGUGCAAGUCUAGGCGUGUUAAGCAGAAGUGUUGGUGAAAACAACGCGACACCAUCAGCCGCCAGCCACCCUGCCUUCGUAAUGGAGCAACCGCCUACGAUGCUGACAGAAGAUGAUAUUGAGCGCUUCAGAACACUAGCUAACUCUAUACCUCAAGUGUCAGGUAAAUGGGGGUACCUGCACAAUGUUUUCCUCAAGGAGCAUCCUGAUUCCCAGCUGAGUGCAAAUGCCCUACGGUGCAGACUGAAAGAUCGUCGUAUGCGUGCUCCGAGCACUGUGGAAGCCGCGGUCCAGUUGACUACACCCGUCGGAAGGAAGAGAUCUCGUGCGACAUCGUGUGCAAGCUGUCAAAAGAAGCGAAAGAGAUGCGGAGAUAUGAGUGUCAAUCCGUCGUGUGCACGAGCAUCGAAGCCAAUUAGCUCAUCGAUAGAUUCAUUCUUCAGUACCUUAUCUCAAUAG